AUGGAUAAAGCAGCAGCCAGCUUCCGCGCACAGUGGGUCAAUCCAUCAGACUUAUUCUCAAUCCUCUUAAUUAUUGGCGGAGAUGUGAUUGGCCUCGCUCUGGCAGCCCUCUCCGGUGGCCCUAUCACCCCCGUCACCUUCUCUUUUGGAUGGGUGUCGUACGCUAUCUCAGCGUUACUCACUGCUCAGAGCGAGGACCGCCUGAUGCCUCCGAGUCCUGACUCUUCGCUCCGACUGAUCAACAUAAGCACGGGGUAUACGCGGUUCAACCGAUCCUGGACUUUAGGGCGGGUGUUUCAGAAUUAUGAAUACUGGAUGCCGGCAGAAGUGGAAAACCAUCUACAGAACCACCCGGUUUUGUACCAAGAUGAGGAGUCCGGGGUCGUAGACAAAGACACCUCGGGGAAGCUCACGGUACCGACAGAAACAUCUUCCGAUUCUCGCAGAUUUGUGAGCCCUCACCAGGCACGCCUUUGCGUCGCUGUUUACGAGUGGGCGCUGGAUGGACGUUAUCCUGUGGCCAAACCUGGUUAUGACUGGGUGCAUUGGCUAGGAAUCAUCGUGACAGUGCUUCAACUAGGCAUCAGUGCGAUCCCGUUCGCUCUCCACGGAGACUGGAGUAUCUUUCUGGUGACGGCGGCCGGGACAAUUCUGGCCUAUGCGUCUGGCGCGCUGCCGCAGUGGCGGAAGGAGAAAUGGGCGUGUCGAACGUUGGACAAGCGCAAAGACAUCGCGUUGACGCUUGGUAAUGGCACGCAGCAUGUGAUCGUGGUGCAGGGGGCGAAGGGCGGGUUGGAUUUGGAAGACAUGGCGGGGGGACAGUUACCGCGCGACGAGGAGGGGCGGGCACGUCGGGGUCCGUUGAUGCGACUGAUGACCCCUAGCAAUACUACGCGCAUGAUGGCAUUCCUGUUAACGGUACUGUGGCUCAUGCUUCUUCUUAGCAGCACAGGAAUCAAAGAUCAUGCGUGGUAUCUACUUGCGGUGGGUGGUAUUGGCAUGAUGCAGAAUCUCAUCACGGCUGGGGCUCCGCGUCAGCCGGAGAUGUUGGGAAUACCGAUUCGGCUAGCCAUGCGUUUGAAGUCAGGAAACGAAGCAAGUCCGAUACCAAUGGUUUUCGCCGAAUUCAAAGUCAUGCAUACGCUGAUGGAGCUCGAGUUGGACUUCAAGGGGGCUGGCCGAGCUCUGCUUCCAGAGUUCUUCCCUGGAGGCAGUCUACAAUCGUGGGAAGAAAAAUGGUGGUCUAGCAAUGAACCGGACGUACGACGCCAGCUACUACGGGCGGCGAAAGAAAAGGAAUUUCAUAAACAAAUGUGCAGGACGCAGGCUGAGUGA